AUGUUCCGAGUAAUUGCAAGCCGUGCAGCAACUUGUGCUCUUCGCACUGUCCCAGUCGCUAAACAUUUUUCGACUUUGACAAAGAAACAAGUCUUAACCCCUCUCGCUGUUUCGAUCAACAAAAACACAACUCAAAUCAGACAAUUCUCUGCCAAGGUCAGUUUAUUUUUAUAAAUCACACCCGUUCAAACAAUGAAAAAAUUAGAAAUUUCUUUUAUUCACACUGCGCCACAAUUUGCAAAGGAAUUAGCUAACUAAGUGGCAAAACUAAAUAUACCAUUAGAAUCAGCGCAUCGAGAUCUGUGUGAGACUACGCAUUUCGAAAUUUUUAGGGUCCUGCGAAGAAAGUUAGCAAUCGCGACAAGACCCAACGCAUGAAAUUUAUCAUGUUCCUUUAAUACUGUAGUGCGAAAUAUAACGGCGAACAGAGAGAAUUAGACAAAAGUGUUUGCACAGUUUUUUGUUUUGUUUUACAGUAGAAAACACUCAUUGCGUGGCUUGAACGGGUGUGAAAUAUAAUAAAUUGAUUAUUCUGAAAUUGAUACUUUGCAGGCUCCAUUAACAAAAAAGACACUGGAAGAGAGAAUCAUUUUGGUUCUUAGUCUUUAUGAUAAAAUUGAUGCGAAAAAGUUGACAAUGGACUCUGAUUUCACAAAAGAUUUGGGAUUGGAUUCAUUGGAUCACGUUGAAGUUGUUAUGGCGAUUGAAGAGGAGUUCGGUUUCGAAAUUCCAGACGGAGAUGCUGAUCGUUUCAAGACACCUCGUGACAUUUUCCAAUACAUUGCAGACAAGGAAGAUGUUUUUGAAUAA